CUGAAAUUGUCAAAAAACACCGCGUAAAGUAUGGAAUAAUACUCUUGUAUUCAAGAAAAAUAACUUAAACUUCUCAUAAUAUCAUUUAAUAUUUGUAAGCAAAAUGUUCGGGAAAGCUUAUAAAUUAAAAUCGAAUAACACUUUAAAGAAUUCCGAAAAGAAAAAUUUAGCACAGCGUAUUUUAAAUGAAUUCCCAGCUGCUACAGAUGAGAAAGUGAAAGAGGUAGUUCCUGUGAAGUCAAACACGAGUUGUAUGAAAUUGAUGUUGCACUCUGGUGAGAGUGUGGGAGUGUAUGUGGUAGACAAUGUGCCGAUGAUGAUAGAGACUGGUGACUUGCUGGUGCCCACCGUGUGCGCCCUGUGGAAAGUGCCAGACCUUCUGCCCACACUUAUUAUACAUUCACCAGUCCUCCCCAAGCUUGCAGGUGGAGCCCCGCUGUACGCACCGGGAGUGACACUGUCCGAUGCAGCAUCGUUCCCGCGCUUCCCUCGCGGGGCGCUGGUGGCCGCAGCCACCGCAGACAACAGUGCCGCAGGGGCCAUCGGCCGCGCUGCCAUCUCCUCUACUGACCUCCUCAGAACUACUAUGGGUGUAUGUAUGGAAACGUUACACGUGUUUGGUGACCUUCUGUGCAAGGAGCCCAAGUUCGCCAAGUUAGAGCGGCCCAAGCUGCAGCCCCCAGCCUACUGCCCCACUGCAGACAAUAUCACUGCAGAUAUUGCUCAGUUAAAUAUCCAACAACCAAUCAGAGAGGAAUGGCCCAGUUUGGUCAGAGAAUCGAAAGACACACCUCCAACAGUAAAAUUGAGUCAUUCCCCAGUUCUCAAUGAACCAAAAACCAUUCCUGAAGAGGAGACGCAAGUUGACAAUAAUGAGGUAUCGGAGUUUGACGAAACUGUGAUGACAGAUAGUUCUCAAAUAGAGGAAGACCCCAUACCUACUGACAUGGAUGAACUGCUACAGUGGUGCCUCUUGAGCUUCAUCAAACUAGAAGGGAAGAACUUGCAGCUGCCGCUGAAGACAAACCUGCUCUACAAGAACCACUUGAUGCCGCUGUGUCCCUCAGACAGGAGCCUGGACGUCAAGAAGUCCAGCUACAAGAAGAUGAGCAAGUUCCUUGAGGCAAUGCAGCAGGAAGGUCUGCUAGAGGUGCGCGAGGUGGAGAAGGGCGUGUCUGCUGUGGUGGGCGUGGCCACGUCACACCCCCGCGUGCGCGCGCACCGCCCCGCCCCCUGCCCCGCCCCCGCCCCCGGCCACGCCCCCCGGCGCGCCGCGCCCCGCCCCCCCGCCGUGCGCGACCUCUACUGCGUCACUGCCGCGGUCGCACAACUACUCGCACCGCACAAGAAGGGCACUGCGCUGUCCGCGGCGCAAGUCCGGGCCGCGCUCGCCGAGCAUGUGCGCGCGCAUCACCUCGCCGCACAGCACGGCAAGCUGCGCACUGACCCGCUGCUGGCCGCACUUGUCGGACCUCAAGUUAGUGAGAGCAUAAGCUGGGAGAGUGCGAUGAGCGCGGUGCUGGGCAAGAUGACGCCCAGCACUGAGCUGCACUUCCCCGACGGCUCCGUGAAGCUCAUCAAGAGCCGCCUCGAGCCCAUCAAGAUGCACGUCGUCACACGCAGCGGUAACAAGAAGGUGACGCUGGUGUCGAACCUGGAGUCGUACGGGUUCCGUCCUGGCGAGCUGGCGCGCGAGGUGCAGCUGGGCGCGGCUGCCUCCAGCGGGGUGACGCGCAGCCCCGGCGCCAAGGCAGACCAGCUCAUGGUGCAGGGGGACCAGACGCACUUCAUAGCAAAGCUGCUGAUAGAGAAGUACAACCUGCCCAAGAAGUAUCUGGAGGGUGCCGACAAAGCAUUGAAUAAGAAAAAGUAACUCACCUCGCUCGCUGUGAGCCGUGAGCUGUGAGCUGUGAGCUGUGAGCCGUGAGCUGUGAGCUGUGAGCUGUGAGCCGUGAGCUGUGAGCCGUGUACAGACUUGUGUCACAUUUAUAUUGAUAUAUGAAAUAAAACACUUUGUUGUAAAUUAAACAUAUUCAUCUCUUAACCUUAAAAUAUAAUAAAAUUAUUCUCUCAAAUUACACUAAUGUAAAUAUUCUAUAACUUACAAUAGUAAAUAUA